UUUCUCGACAUUGUCAGAUAAAUAUCUGAAUAUUCAUAACCCCCUUAACUCUUCAUACUAUCUAAAUUCUAACUUGUUUUUAUUUACAUUUUUGUCUUUGAAAAUGCAAGAACAAGCGACCAGUUCCAUUGCUGCUAGUUCUAUACCUUCAAGUAGUGAGAGAUCUUCUAGCUCUGCUCUCCAUCUUGAAGUUAAAGAAGUGUUUUGUGAAGGUAUGGAGAGUGAUGAUGAGAUCAGAAGAGUGCCGGAGAUGGGCGGAGAAGCCACCGGAACCACCUCAGCUUCUGGUAGAGAUGGCACUUCCGCCACCGGUCAAACUCAGCCGUCAGCUGGGACUCAAAGGAAGAGAGGAAGAAGUCCAGCUGACAAAGAAAACAAGAGGCUAAAAAGGUUGCUGAGAAAUAGAGUCUCAGCACAGCAAGCAAGGGAGAGGAAGAAAGCAUACUUGAUAGACCUAGAAGCAAGGGUGAAAGAAUUGGAAACAAAAAAUGCAGAACUUGAAGAGAGGUUAUCCACUUUGCAAAAUGAGAACCAGAUGCUUAGACAUAUACUGAAGAACACAACAGCAGGUGCGCAAGAAGGGAGGAAAUAAAAUAUGAUAGGCAGAAUCAUCCAUUACAAAGACUGGAUAUGUGAUCAUUGUUGUUUUGAUCCUAUGUGGGCAUUGUAGAGAGAAUCUCUUAAUCCUGGAUUUGACAAUAUAUGCAUGUUUGUGGGUGGAUUGUCUUGUUCUGAUUUGAUUAUUUAGUCUACUCUUAGGUGUUGUAGAUUAUAUUAGUGAAGGUUUACCGUUA